AUGAGCAGCAGCAUCAGUGAGUGUGGCACUGAAGAGAUAACCCCGUGGGUGAGGCUGAUGGAGCGCCGCGUGAUGCUGCUGCUGCUGGCGGUGGCGGCGGUGGCGGUGAUCACAGAGCAACAGUCUCAGGUGUCCGUGCCCGAGAAUGACCGCGGGCCCUUCCCCAAGCUGCUGGUGCAGGUGAAGUCCGACACCGCCGGGGUGGACAUCCGCUAUGCCUUGCUGGGGGACGGCGCCGACCAGCAUCCCGUGGGGUUGUUCGUCAUGGACACCGUGACGGGGAGAGUCUCAGUCACCAGGAGCCUGGACCGGGAGGUGAUCGCUCAGUAUCGGCCAGUGGACCUCGUCGUUGAUGUCAUUGACGUCAACGACAACCGUCCCACGUUCGCCAAGGAAGUCUUUCACAGCAGCGUCGUCGAAGGAUCCCCGCGAGGCACUUUCGUGAUGAGGGUGGUGGCGAGUGACAUGGAUGACCCCUUGACGCUCAACGGAGCGAUUCGCUACCAUAUAGUGUUGCAGGUUCCCAUGGUGACUGCACACCGCGUGUUCACCAUCGACAGAUUCACAGGCAUCAUCACCAAUACUGUCCGGCUGGACCGAGAGAGAGUGGCGCACUUUUCGCUGGUGGUGAUGGCUUCGGACAUUGAGGGAGACGCCAACAUCGGACUCUCGACCACGGCCACCGCCAUCGUCACCAUCACCGACAUCAAUGACCACGCCCCCGAGUUCACGAGUAGAACCUGGUUCGGCACGGUCCGUGAGAACGCCGUGGGGGUGCCGGUGACGAUGCCGCCCCUCUCAGUGAUCGACUCGGACGAGGCCGGCACGGCAGCUUGGCGUCCCUUAGACUUUGAGACGUCAUCGUCAUACCAACUCAUCGUCUUCGUGGAUAACGAGGAGCCGCUCGUGAAAACCAUGCGGCCCCCUCCAGAGAGUACCGCCACCGUCACGGUGAGUGUUGAGGAUGAGAACGAGGCUCCGCUGUUUGAGCCGCGGCUACAGCAGGUGAUGCUGGCCGAAGGCCUCGCCCUGGGCAGUGCCAUCACCACCCUGGUGGCACGGGACCCGGACACCGCACAGAAGCAGAGCCUGCGCUACCGCAAGCUGCGGGUGCCGGGCGACUGGCUUGACAUUGACGCGGCCGACGGCGCGGUGAGCACGGCGGCGGAGCUCGACCGCGAGUCGCCUCUCGUGCAGCGCAACGUCUACACAGCCACGUUCCUGGCGACUGACGACGGCUCCCCCGUCGCGAGCGGUACCGCCACGCUGGAGUUGCUGCUGAGCGACGUCAACGACAACGCCCCCACGGCCGCCGUCUGGCCGCGUGGGGCCGCCGCGUGCCCCCGCACCGGCGUCGCCGUCGUCGCCUCGGACGCCGACGAGGACCCCAACGGCCGCCCCUUCCGCUUCCGGCUGGCGCCCGGUGGCGGCGGCGACGACGACUGGACGCUCCGCCAGGUCGACGGCAACAGCUCGCAGCUGCUGGCCAAGUCGUCGCUGGCGGAGGGGCUCCACUGGGUGGCGCUGCUCGUCGGGGACUCGGGCACGCCGCCGCUGAGCGCCGUGCGGCAGCUGCAGGUGGCGCUCUGCGCCGCGUGCGACCGCCGCGGCCGCUGCCUCCACGCCAGCGCCGCCAGCGGAGCCGCCAGCGCCGUCUCGGCCAUCGUCGUGUUGAGUUUGCGUGCGGCCGAUGCCGAUGAGAUGUCACCUCCGUACGACUCGCUGGCCGUCUUCGCGUACGAGGGCUCCGGCUCCGAGGCCGGCUCACUGAGCUCACUGAGCUCACUGAGCUCCUCACUGAGCUCCUCACUGAGCGGCUCCUCACCGUGGGACGCCGACCACAGCCACGGGGUCCUGGACACGUGGGGGCCGAACUUCUUCCACAAUCUGUCGGACUUCCACAAGCUGGCGGACUUGUACGCUGGCGACUCAGACUGA